UGUUUUACUGUUCAGUCGUCAGUGUGCUGCGUAAGAUUGUCGAAGUCGCACGUAUUAACUUUUAGUGCAAUGAGUUUUAACGAGAAAGUCGUGAUAGUGACGGGCGCGAGUUCUGGUAUAGGAGCCGCAAUCGCUGAGAAAUUUAGCAGCGAAGGAGCUCGAGUAGUAAUGGUUGGUCGGAAUGAGAGCAAAUUAAAUGCCGUGGCCGCCAGAUGCAAAAAUCCUCUUAUUGUCAAAGCAGAAUUAGGCAAGGAGGAAGACAUAGUACGAAUUAUCGACGAAACCAUCAAGGAAUUUGGUAAAAUUGAUAUUUUGGUAAACAACGCUGGAACAUCUACCAUGGGAAGCAUUUUACUGGGUGAUAUAUUAAAGUCAUACGACGAAGUAAUGAACGUCAACUUUAAGGCUAUUGUGCACUUGACUAAAUUAGCCGCUCCACAUUUAAUUGCUACCAAAGGUAAUAUUAUUAAUAUAUCCAGUAUUGGCGCCGAUAGGACAACCUCCGUACCGGCUUUGAUGAUGUACUCGUGUUCCAAAGCUGCAUUAAACCAUUUCUCAAAGGAUGUUGCCCUCGAGUUAUCGCCUCAUAAAGUGAGGGUCAAUGUAAUAAGCCCUGGACCAGUUCGUACCGAUAUUCUGGAAAAUACUGGCACACCCAUUCCGUGGGAGGCUUUCCAGCAGAAGACAGCGCUGGAUAGAAUAUCUGAGCCAGAAGAAAUAGCAGAUCUCGCUUUGUUCCUUGCUAGUGAGAAGGCUAAGGGAAUAACUGGUUCUAUAUAUGUUACAGACAAUGGAAUGUCAUUAAAGAACUAAUACAUUAUGUUAUGUAAACAACAGUCCAUCAUUAUAUCACGAAUAAAUAUUUAUCAUUAGCGGAUUUACAAAGUAUAAAUUAUUCAACAAUUCUUCAGAUGUUUUGCCAUUAAAUUAUUUAUUGUCUGCGCGCGUAGUCAUACAAUUUUUUAAUUAUAUAUCAGCCUAUCUUAAGGAUUAUUUUUUUAUUUAUAUGAGAUUAAUAGAUUAGAUAUACGUGAGUUAUCUUCUAGAUUACUCCAUUAUUAUGUACAAAAACUGGUAAAUUAUAUAACAAAAAAUUAAAUGGUUUUCUCAAUUCUAUAAUCGUUUAUGCCUUAAAGAUCGAUUUUAAGACCUCAUCUUCCUGUCACUGUACAAAGUUCCACCGUUCCUUAUUCUACAGUGUACACGCUGCUAGGGUUAUCUUUGUUCCUUUGGUAUAAUUUGAAAGAUUUGUGUAUGUUUGUAACAAAUUGGUUUGAAUUAAAAAUUGUAUCACCAUUUGAA